AAACCUAAGCAGCAUCUUAAAAGCCUGUAAGACCUACCGAGGCCCUUUAAACGAGUUGUUCCUGCCAUUACCAUCCAUGUCCCGCCUGCUCUCGCACUCAAGAACUAGGUCGCCUGUACGAGCGACCCCAUUCCCCGAUUGAAUCAGAUACCAACGCCAACGACACCGGCUUCCACAAUGAGCACCGCCGUCUUGGACUGUCCCGAGGACAGCAACUCGACGGACUGCCUUCUCCGGGCCGUUCUGCGGGUCCUGAAGGAGAACCAAGACCAAGGAGACAGCAAGUAUGACUGGGACCCCGUCACUUUCGUCUUCACCGUCCUCCUGGGCGUGGGCGCACUUGCGUUCGCCGGCCUCACCAUAGCGCAGGGCCUCGUCACCGCGAGGAAGGGGUAUCGGAAGGCCAGCAAGCGUGCCAUCAGCACCUGGGCGGAAAACACGCAGAAGGAGUGGAUAUGGGGCGAGCUCAACUUUCAGUACACGGCGCGGACCCCUAUCUUCCGCAUCGAUUAUCUGCUCGACUGGGUCAAGGAUUGGGAUUCCAAUGGACUCACCAUACGCCCCGGCUCGCCUUACAAGGAUGUCGAUCCCGGCCACGUGCUUCAGAGCGCGAAUGCGGCAACCUGGAUCGCCUUCUUCAAGGUCACCGGGCUGGAAAAGGUCGAACCACCGAGAAAGGCCGAGCCAUCUGAGAAGGACAACCUACCGGUCAAGGCCUGGCUCCUGGAUAGGUUCGGGCUGCAGGAAAAGGCCGAGUCGUCGGAAAACGACUGCGGUCUCCGGUCAACCGUUGCCGAUUUCCUGCCGGACGACCUCGUCGCCGCCCCCGCGUACGCCCAAGGCGGCGUGGUUAUCGCGGCGGCCGCUGCCGUGGGAAUCCAGAGAUGGCCAUUCACCAGGGGCAUCCCCGAACAGCCCGUCAUCAUUGGCCGCUCCUUUCAGUUCGACUUUCGCCAACACCCGAUACUGGGGUCCAUCGGCUCGUUUUCCAACCACCACCCGACGGACGAGACAAUAAAGGUUCCGAGCCCGCACAAACUCAAGAGCACCAUGCAAUACGCCCUUGGCAUCAUCAAACUCCACGGCUUGUCACAGUCCGAGGACGUAAAGAUCAAAGUGAACUUGGUCAGUGACUACGAAUCGUUCAAGGAUCAAAUGGUGAAAGUCGCCGAGGUCACGCAGUCUAUUCAUUCAACGACACCCUUCGAUAGGUUCUACGGGUCGCGUGCCUAUCUCGAAGAACACGUCAAUGUAAAUCACUGUCUCUUCAAGGCGGUCACGCCGGACGACCCUCCCGAGUUGUUCCCGCUCACUUCAUCAAAGCUCACCGUGGAUUGUUCGCUCACCACCCUUGCGUUGUGUGGCAAAUACUGGGCAAAGGCAGAUCUCCACGCAUUCGGCAAGUCGGAAUUCGGAAGCUGGCCGACUCCUACUAGUGAAUACCCCCUCCCUUCCUGGCGCCCGUUCGAUUGGGGUGUUGAUCACGGCUGGGGAAGUGUCAAGCCCAUGCUUCAGCUGUGCCUCAAGCAGGUGAACAACCCUGACGAGGUUCGCGAGUGGUACGGCAAGGCCGAUCCUGAGACCCAGCAAGAUCUUCGGAGGCGCAUUCUCAAGCAGCUGCGUCUGGUCGACAUUUGGUUAGGGCACGAGGAGGAUGUGGAUUUCCGCACCGCCGACCUUUAUAGGACCUACCUGGUGCUUUCGCAUGCGGAGAAGGCGGCGAAAGCUAAGAUCUUCAAUGCUCCAGUAAAUGAAGCCGGCCGGGACGGGUCUCAUGCCAAUGAUAACAGCAAGUUCGCCGCCGCCGCCCGCAGCCGCCAUCUCCCGAUAAUACGGGGGAUUCGCGACCUGCUGGACACUCUGAAGCUCGCCCGAGAGACUCUCGAAGCAAUGCUCGUUCCGGAUGGGGAAUCAACAAUACCUUCAGAGCAUCUUGAUCAUCUAAAGGAGGUUUUUCGCAAGUAUCAAAAGGAAUUGGAUGUCAUUACUGCUCCGUUUUCCGACAUGUCAACAGAAAGUACUCAAAUGCUGGUGGACAGACUAUGCGUGGUAGUGGUCUGUAACUCGGAGCAGGAAGACGGAUGGCCGUUGUGGGACCGCUUCUCGUCGCUGAGGGACGACUCGACGAGGGAUGUCGACGAUGUGCUCAUUUUCCGGUUCAUUCUGAUGGUCCUGCUGUUCCAGACUGCCAUUGACAACAGCGAGGUUCUCAAUUCCAGUUUGUGGGACAGAGUCAUCCCCAUCAUCUGAGAUGGAAGGGGGGGGGGUCUUCCGAUUUGUAUCUCGAUGCUACCAGGUUGAUACAUAUAGGACCAUUUUGGGCGGGGUCCAUCUGGCCUCAAAGUUGUGCCGUCAACUUCUCUCGCUGAGUAGGCGCAUCUUGCUUAAGCUCUUUUGAUAAGGAAGCUUCCUUUUGGUAAAGAGUAGGCGGAUGACCUUGUCGAGUUUGGUGAGCUUCGACAUGUCAUCUAUUGAAUUCCUCAUGUAAAGAUAACUCCCCCGAGGAAGGAUGAUCCGAAUCUGAUAUUGUUGCUACAACAACAACCCCCCUUUUGCGUCGCCGCCUUCUCUUC